CCAGCCACCGUCUCUCGUUUUCCUUUCGAUUCUGAUGCUUUUCGUAUUUCCGCCCCUGCUCUUCGGGAAUCUAAAACCUGGAACUAGAGCGUACAGGGACAAGAACUCCCUUUUUCUGAGUACUUAGACGUUUUGGGGGGCGAGGCUUGCUUGUACUGCCCGCCAUGGCUCAACUCCAGACACGCUUCUACACGGACAACAAGAAAUAUGCAGUAGAUGAUGUUCCCUUCUCAAUCCCUGCCAGCUCUGAAAUUGCUGACCUUAGUAACAUCAUCAAUAAAUUACUGGAGGCCAAAAAUGAGUUUCACAAAUAUGUGGAGUUUGAUUUCCUUAUCAAAGGCCAGUUUCUACGAAUGCCCUUGGUCAAACAUAUGGAACUGGAAAACAUCUCAUCGGAAGAAGUUGUGGAACUAGAAUAUGUGGAGAAAUACACUGCCCCCCAGCCAGAGCAAUGCAUGUUCCAUGAUGACUGGAUCAGCUCAGUUAAAGGAGCAGAGGAAUGGAUCUUAACUGGUUCUUAUGAUAAGGCUUCUCGGAUCUGGUCCUUGGAAGGAACAUCAAUAAUGACAAUUGUGGGACAUGCAGACGUUGUAAAAGACGUGGCCUGGGUGAAAAAAGACAGUUUGUCUUGUUUACUCUUGAGUGCCUCUAUGGAUCAGACUAUUCUCCUAUGGGAGUGGAGUGUAGAGAGAAACAAAGUAAAAGCUCUUCAUUGUUGUAGAGGCCAUGCUGGAAGUGUGGAUUCUAUAGCAGUUGAUAGCUCUGGAACUAAAUUUUGCAGUGGCUCUUGGGAUAAAAUGCUAAAGAUCUGGUCUGCAGUCCCAACAGAUGAAGAAGAUGAAAUGGAGGAAUCCACAAAUCGACCAAGAAAGAAACAGAAGACAGAGCAGUUAGGACUAACAAGGACUCCCAUGGUGACCCUCUCUGGCCACACUGAAGCAAUUUCCUCAGUACUAUGGUCAGAUACUGAAGAAAUCUGCAGUGCAUCUUGGGACCACACAAUUAGAGUGUGGGAUGUUGAGUCUGGCAGUCUUAAGUCAGCUUUGACAGGUAAUAAAGUGUUUAAUUGUAUUUCCUAUUCUCCACUGUGUAAACGUUUAGCAUCUGGCAGCACAGAUAGGCAUAUCAGACUAUGGGAUCCUCGAACUAAGGAUGGUUCUUUGGUGUCGCUGUCUCUAACCUCACAUACAGGCUGGGUUACAUCAGUAAAGUGGUCUCCAACCCAUGAACAACAGCUCAUUUCAGGCUCUUUAGAUAACAUUGUGAAGUUGUGGGAUACAAGAAGCUGUAAAGCUCCUCUCUAUGAUCUGGCUGCUCAUGAAGACAAAGUUCUCAGUGUAGACUGGACAGACACAGGGUUACUUCUGAGUGGAGGAGCAGACAAUAAAUUAUACUCCUACAGAUAUUCACCUACCACUUCCCAUGUUGGGGCAUGAAAAUGAUGAUAAUUUAAUUAUGGAGAUUCUAAAAAUGAAAUUGGUAGAGAAGUAUCAUAAUAUUUAUACAGAUGCAAAAAGUAGCCUUUUAAAGCUUACAUAUUUUCACCUUUCAUAACAGCUAACAUCACUUUCUUUGUAUUUACAAAAUAUGGUAUGUGGUCUACAUUCUUUACCCUAUACAAACUCUAGAAAUU